AUCUCUCUCAUCUCCUCCUCCUCUCUCUACUCUCAUGAGGGCAUAUAAGACAUGAAGGUGUUCAGAGGCAAGAUUUGGGCAGCACUAGGGUCACUCAUGGAUCAUGUAGGCGCAGCCUCCAACAAGGCUUCCACGGCGGCGGUGCCAGACCGAGCGCUCCUCACGGACAUCGAGGCGGCCAUCGCGCGGUGCACGGACGGUGGAGGGGGCGGGAGCGUCGGUGACGACCGCCACGUCCACGAGAUCCUCUUCCUCGUCUCCAACGCCCCGGGCGCGAUCACCUUCCUCUCCCGCCGCAUCACGGCGCGCCUAGAGGCGGCGCGGACCCCGGCCACCGCGCUCCGGUCUCUGCUCCUCGUCCACCGCCUCCUCCGCGCGGGCGACCGCUACUUCGAGCAGGACUUCCGAGGCCUCUGGGCCUCCCGCGACCUCCGCGUCGACGCGCCACGUUGCGGCUGCUCCUGUUCUCCCCUCGCUGCCUCAGGCGCCGGCGCCAACUAUGUCACGGCCAGCACGGUGACCGCCACCGGCGCGUGCUCUUUCCUCCACGGCUACACGGCCUACCUCGAGGAGCGCAUGCAGUGGGUGAUCAACCAGUCCGGCAACCUGGAGCCCACCCGCCCCCCACCACAAGAUCACGACGACAAGCCGCACCCGGCCUCCUCCUACGAUGCCGUCGCCGCCGAGGAGCUCCUCUUCAAGCUCACCAUGUGCCAGAGGCUGCUUGACGUCGCUGUCCAGCUCCUUCCGGACAACAACACAAGCGCCAGCGCCGCCGCGCGGUCAGCCUUCGGCAUUGUCCUCCGGGAGAGCUUCAAGGUCUACGACUCCUUCAAUGACGGCAUCGACGUGCUGCUAAGGUCAAGAAGCGCCGGUCGUCUCAGCAAGUCUCUCAGGGUCUCAGCUCAGGGGGUGCUGAGGAAGGCGUGCGCUCAGACGCCUGAGCUGAAAGAGUUCUACCACAAGUGCAAGAAGAGCAAUGUCGGCAAGAUCACAGAGUACCCCGUCGUCAGGGUCGUUACGCCGGCGCAGGCCUCGGCAAUUGAGCUCAUGCCGCCGGUCUGUGAAGAGGAUGGUCGGAAGGAGCUUGGCGGCGCCGGUGUGGUAGCGGAGGAGAACGAAGGCGACGCGCCCUUUGAGAGCAAGCUGGAGACGACUAUCAGUGCGGUGUGGGUCGAGUUCGACGACGAAGAUCACCAGGCUGGCCGUGAGUUUACCCGGGAUGAUCACAGCAGCUAGCCGGCCUAGCUAGUACAGUAUGUAGGAGUUCUUUUGCAAUGUCCAAAUAUAUUAAUUUUGAGUGAUUGGAUUGGUCUCCUCGAUCCCCUCUUCUUGUGUGCAAGGUUAAUCAUUCUGAAGGGUCCGUGUCUUCAUUCAGCUGGCAAGAAAGCCAAUAAUUCCUUUUCACUUA